AACAAAUUUGUGGCUUCAUGGAGGCUUUGGGUGUUGCUGAGAUGAGUUCAGGUCAACCAGCCAAGGUCGAGAGAGCUAACAGAAUUUCCAAGAUGACUGAAUUAAUGGAUGGAGCUUGUGAAGGAAAUGAGAGGCCUCAAAUUAUUUUGUCAACUGCAACCAUUCCUAUCAUCUCAAAAUGUUUUAAUGAGGACCUUUCCUUCAUGCUACAAGUAAUCCCUUCUGAUUCAAAUGAAGCUGAUAUUCUGGAAGCAUCUCAGUGUUCUAAUGGAAACUCUAUUCUUGUUCUUAAAGGAGCCAGCAUUUUUGAUGAGGAAUCUUAUCCUUACUUAGUUAUUCAGAAUAGUUUUCUAAUUAAGUGUGUUGACUUAGUUCAAUCAUUAGCAGCGUUCAUAUCAAGCUUUUAUGUAUUUGGCUACUCAUACAAAAAUGAAGUCAAAUGCACUCUAGAAUUUAUUCAGAGGUUUCUUUUGAACGUGAGCCCUGAGAAGGGCAGCAAAUUCCCCAAGCGCUUUACAGAGAAUGUGAUUGCCAAGGUUGUCAACCUUUCGAAUGAACUACAGUCAUUCAAUUCCCCGUGGGCUCUUGGAUUUUAAUGUUUUAAUCAUGGACUCUACAUUCAAGUCAACUUGAAGUUUUAACCACUUCCAUUAAAAAUAUGGGGAUUUUAAAUAGGAUUUUUCUUUAAUGCUGUCAGAGGACACAGCAUAUUUAAUUUUUGAAGGAGCAGCUGCAGUUGAGUCUCUACUACAGAACCAAAUUGACCAAGGUGUACCAAACCAAAUUGAUCUGAACAUACUAAAG